GUCUGCUGGAGUUCCAGGUCCUGCUCCUGCUCUCACCCCCCAAGAAGAUGAAAUUCUCUGCAGCAAUUCUUGCUCUUCUCCUCAUUGCAGCCUCUUGCUCCCAAACUUUCUCUGGCCCGGCUGGAUCCGACCUCCCAACCUGCUGCAUCUCCUACACCCACCACAGGCUCCCAGGGAAGCUCAUCCUGGGUUAUUACAGCACCAGCACCAGCUGCAGCCUCCAGGCCAUCGUGUUCAUAACAAGGAGAGGCCGCCAGGUCUGUGCCAACCCCAGGGACACCUGGGUUCAGCAUCACCUGAAAAACUUGAAGCAGAAAUGAGUGAAUCAGGACUGCAGGCAUAGCUGCUGCCAUGAAUGAGCCACCUGAUCCUGAGCUCCUGGAGCAGGACCCUGGGGCAAGAGGAGCUGCACGAAGGGGCUGCUGGAGCCUCCUCAUGUUGGGUGCUGCUGCCAGGCUGCAACCUCAUCUCUGACACCUCCACCUGUGGCCUGCCCAUGGGACUGCACCUCUGUGCUUCUUAUAGUAUUGUAAAUUAUUUAAGAAAACCUCAUAUGGAAUAGGCAGUACUUUCUCCUGGGAAUGAUAAUGCUCUUUAUGGGAGGGAGGUUGAAAGUGUAUUUAUAGGAGGGGGGCUCAGAGUCCCAGCCUUGGAUGAGGGAUGGCCCUGC